UACUCUUCUUAUAUGAGCAACAUCGCGGCCAUAUUGUCAUUAUUUUGUUGAAAAGGAUAACAUGGCGUCUAGUCCAGUAAGAGAGGGCGACGAAGACAACUAUAUGCGAAAGUUAGAGACGAUAAGAGAUAUAAGAGUCAAAACAUCACAGAUGGAAAAGCUAAAAUCUCAACUGAUCCAAGAGUUAGAUGCAGCUGAGAAGGAAGGAAAACUUUUGAAGGACUAUAAAGCAGAAAUGGAAGCUCUUCUGCAUGAGAAAAUGGCACAUGUAGAGGAACUGAGGCUUAUUCAUGCUGACAUUAAUUUAAUGGAAAAUACCAUCAAGCAGUCUGAAUCUGAGAGAGAAAGAGGGUUAGAAACUCUGAGAAGAUUGCAUGAAGAAUACAAACCAUUGAAGAGAGACAUUGACAAAAUGAGAGGCUCUCUGGGUCUGGAGAAAAUAGCGAACCUAGAUGAAGAAAGUAGCCUUGCAGAGUUUCUUGAACGUGCUCCACCAGGUUGGAAGCCAGAGCCACAGGAACCCCCUCCUCCACCGGUGGCCUCCCAGUUAGCUGCAGCAGCAGCUGCCGCACAGCAGCUGGUCAAUAAGCGGGGCCCUCCGGGGGAGAGGCAUUUCCGCCAGCAGCAGCCACCUCCCAUGAAGGCCUGCCUGUCCUGCCACCAGCAGAUUCACAGGAAUGCUCCGAUCUGCCCGCUGUGUAAGGCCAAGAGCCGCUCUCGACACCCAAAGAAGACCAAGAGAAAGCACGAAGACUGAGAGAACUCGGAUUCUGUGUAACACGAUAGACUGUAUGAAAGAGUGGGAAACCAGGCUUGUUUUUUGGCGCGUUUUCAUAAAGAAAAACGUUUCUUGCAAGCUUUCCUAUCCAUAGUAUCUAUUCUUCCAUCUAAGUGUACAGUAUAGAUAACUCUUCGUAUUGAAGUCUUAUGUAGUCGCACAGUUUGUCGGAUCUUGCCUAACUUAAAUUCGCGAAGCUUUGCUCAUUACCCAUCUUAGUGUCAGAAGCAUAUAACCGCAUAUAUGCUUCUGCGAGUAUAUAUACGUCAAGAUAUAUAUUAAUCUACGUUAUAUUAUAGGCCUUUUAGGAUCUUUGCGAUAUAAUAUAUGGAACCUUAUUUAUUGAAUAUUAAGUUAAGUAAUAUUUAUAAUAUAUGGCGCUGAGAUUAUUAAGCAGGAAGCAAAAUCUACGUAAGUAUUGUUAUACAGCUAGUAAUAGAUACAUGAUAUCAUCAACUGUAAUCAAGGCUGUUGAAGAAAUAAAAUAAUGUAACGAAAACAGUACAACGGUAUUGCUUACUAGUUAGCUACAUGCACCCUACGUCAGUGCACCUUUUUCCAAUUAACCGUCUGAGCAGAUAGCAAGAUCUAUUCAAUGCCUAACCUUUUCAAAACCGGAAUAAAUUUCUCUCCCAAAGUCAAGUUUUCACUAAUGAAAAUUAAUAGACAAAUAGUUUAUAGGGAAUGGAUUUAAGGCUUGCUUAAAAAGACGUUUUCCAGCUCGUCAAGCUCGGAAGAUUUUGAGACGAUCAACACGUUAAUUUAAAUUAACUUUUUUUUUUUUAUUCUUCUAUUCUUAAGCUGAUUUCUAUUAUGUUUUUUCUUGUACAAUUCAGAGUAAGUAAGCACUUGUGCAUUUUCAAAAGACCUCGAACUGCUGUGAAAAUUUACUGGUUAUUUAGUCCACAUCAUACUGUGAAUCAUUUGCCGUGGUUACCUGUACAUGUUCAAGUUGUCAAAUUCGCUUUGAUCUGGACAAAUACGAGCUAAAUUGAGCGCAAAACGAUAAGAAACCGAAAAACAAAACAAAGCUUAAUUACGUUGUCAACAGACCCUAAAUGCAAACCAAAAUGCAAAAUGACUUGUUGAUUACUAUAUUGUUCACUUGCGUCAUUAAACCACAUUGAAUUUUAAAUCAGGAUCAGUGAAGAAAAAGAGAUUUGUUUUGUCCAAGAUAAUAUUUGUUUUUCAGUAUUUAUAUGUUGAGUACUGAAAAACCGAAAAAGAAACUUUAGGCGCCUUAUCAGAUUGAAAGACUUGUGGUUAGAAAUAAAUUCUCAGAAAUACUGAACAAAAGAAAUACUCAAUUUACUUGAAGCAAAUUGAAGCAGUAGAGAGACAAAAGAGUCGCCGAUUCGCUUGCGGAAAACAAAAGGGCGAAAAGAAUUGAUUAUGCGCAACAUGAAGUAAUCAAAAUACCGCACACUGUUUGGUGACCUUAUUUCAGAUAGGAACUACGCCGACUGUAGAUUUUUAAUGCGGAAAACAUAGGCACACGUCUCGUUCACUGGACAGCGAAAUGAGGCAGUUUGGAACAGUCAGAAAUCUCAGGAAAUGGUAGCUAACAGACCUUUAAAAGCCGUCAUUUGCUGUAAACUUUGCCUUGUUGCAACUCGUCGCAGAGUUUGGCUGUCAUCGCAGCUAGACGAUUUUCGUCUGAACAACUGGCUUCAAAGUUUAAUAGCAUUUGCUUUCGGGAUAUUAACGGUUAUCAGUUAAUUUCCGACAAAUUUCUGAAGUUUCAAGAUGGGCAAUGGUAACACAAAGCCUGGCGUCAUGCGACGAGUAAUGCAAGCUAAUAAGAAAUUCAGAGCAGUACUUCAACUUUGGGAAGACGAUCGUUGGGACAGGGAACCAUGGAAAGCAAUCCUUAGGAACGGGCCCUUCGUUGUCCACCGCAAAAGGAAGAAACUACUUGAAUCGAAAGACGAAGAUUUGAUGGAAUACUUCAACAAUCUUCUCCAUGGACACAUACAUGCGGAUUCACGAUGGAGUCUUCCAACCAGAGAAAUUGCUAUAUUUUUGAGUUCAACUUUCACAGACAUGGCAGUAGAAAGGGAUUUAUUAAUGGAAGACGUGUACCCAUAUUUGCGAGAAUUUUGUCGAAGGUUAGGGUACAAUUUCGGUGUGGCGGACAUGAGAUGGGGAGUGCGUGACGAAAUGACGGACGAACAUCAAGCUGUGGAGAUUUGUAUCACGGAAGUUCAGCGAUGCAGGUGAGUAAAUUUAUAGACGAUGCGUCUGAGUUUGUUAUUCCAGGAAAUUGAUACCCGUAGUUGAUUGCAUCUUCGAUAGAGGAAAGGGUUUUGCGCAGCUUUACAUAACAAUUCAACACCAUGUCCGUUACGUGUUCCAUAA